CGAUGACAACAGAAGACAGAAACGGCACGUUAACUCUUUUAUAUACACACUUAGACUUUCAUUUAAACGAGUUUACUGAUGUGUAAAGUUACGGUAAUGUUUUUUGUGGCCAGAGACCAAAGGUUAGCAAGUGACAGCUAGUUUGACAGCUGUCAGAGCUGGACACAACCAGCGAAUAAGAAAAAAAAAGAAAAAAAAAAAAGAAAGAAAAAAAAAAGAUCCGUGCUCUGCUACAGGAAGCAGGAAAAAAAUAUAGGAAGCGCAGCCAGGAGCGUAGGGGGACACUCCACAUCUGUUUUGGAUGCUCCAAAUGAGUGUACCUGCAGCGACGGCACAGAAAUCAGACGGCAACAACAACAACAGUGAGAUGCAAUCAGCUGCAGUGGCUCCCUCCUCCUUCAUCCCCAGCCAGUCGGGGAAGAUACCGGGCAGGAAGAGAGGGAGACCCCCGCUCCGCAAUGUCGCCAAGAUGGAUUUUCCUAACCGUUACCCCGAGUCGCUCCCUCCGCUCAAAGUGCCGAAGAAGAGGGGGAGAAAGCCGGGCUUCAAGCUGAAGCCGAGGAUGGUGAUGACACCGCUGGCCAUCUCUCCACCCAGCAGCACCCCUGAGCCCGACAUGAGCUCCAUUCCUCAGGAUGCCGCCACCAUCCCCCACUCUGCCACGCCCCAGGUGCUCACAGUCUGUAUCUACAUCAACAAGCAGGCCAACACGGGCCCCAACCUGGACAGGAAGAAGAUCCAGCAGCUCCCCGAUCACUUCGGACCCGACCGGCCCUCCGUGGUGCUCCAGCAGGCCGUCCAAGGCUGCAUCGACAGCGCCUUCCAACAGAAAACGGUGUUCACCCUCCUCACACAAGGCUACGGGGGAGAAAAAAUAUCAGCCACAUUUGAUGGGAAGCAGCACCUUCUCAGCCUCCCCGUGGUGAACAGCAUCGACUAUGUGCUUCGUUUUCUGAAGAAGCUCUGCCGCAGCUUGCACUGUGAAAACCUCUUCAGUGAUCAGCCCAUCACCCAGCACAGUGGUGGAUCCUACCAGUCAGAUGCUGAGACGUCUAUGGCCGAGGACUACCAUUUAGACCAGUCAGACGGCAAACGCUACUCCGUGGAUCCUGGCGAUUCUGCUUUCAGCUCCAUAAGCUCGUCCUACUCGCCAAAGAACUCCUACGGGUUUCGUUCGUCGCAGCAGUUCUCCAACGGUUCGGCCUCCAUGAGCAUGUGCCGGCAGUCGUCCACGAGCCCGAAUACGUUCCCAGAGAGCAACAGGACAGGAGGAUAUAACGCAUCGUCAGAGUCCCAGGAGUCCAAGGCUCCGCCAAAUAAGGAUCCAUCCACCUGGUCCGUGGAAGACGUCGUCUGGUUCAUCAGGGACGCGGAUCCCCAGGCUCUCGGGCCCCAUGCAGACGUCUUUAGGAAACAUGAGAUCGACGGAAACGCGCUGUUGCUCCUAAAGAGCGACAUGAUCAUGAAGUACCUCGGGCUGAAGCUGGGGCCGGCCUUGAAGCUUUGCUACCACAUCGACAAACUAAAGCAGACUAAGUUCUGAAAACCUCCUACCAUAAUAAUCUUCUGCCCCCUUGAAUCCAAGAGUACAUUUGAAUCGUCAAGGUCUCUGAGCCAAUGGGAGGACGGUAGGGUCGACAGGCACAUGGUGCGUCACUUCCUUCAAGAUCUCCAGAAUUAAAAUGCCACAAAAGUUUAUCAGCACAUAAGAAAGUACUUUUAUAGACUGUGGAAUAGAAAUCUAAGAAAGAUCAAUAUCUGGGCAGAUUAACUUUAUCUUCUGGAUUUUAAGAUCCAAGUUAACUCUCGUAGGGUUAAAGGAGAAUUCUGGCGUCUAUAUUUAAGUCUGUUAAUAAUUCAUACUCACCAAAAAUUUUGGACUUGGUGCCGCAGAUCACCUCAUCAGGCAGCCGCGACCCAGCUGCAGUGUAAUCCUUUGGGGCAACUAUGACAGUCAAAGUCACGUUCACUGAAAUUGAUGUAUUACCACCUUUUAAGUGGACAGUAUGAUGUCAUAACAUUUUCUUUCAUUUGGAGUUGUGAUUCUGGCCACCUGGUGAAUUUAAGUCCAAUAUUCACUCCUUUUAGCUCCGUUUUUGGUCUCUACCUUUAGUGCAUUUAAUGGCAUAUAAAUUCAUUUAUUGACUUGUUCAUUUAUUUCUGAUUUUAGCCGCUUUGUUCCUCCAUAUAUACCAACCUCCCCCGAGAGAAAUAUCUGUAUCCUUAACCUCGGAACGCUGCACAAAGUUCAUUAGCUGGUUGCUAACUGUGUCUGUCUGCUGUUUUUGGUGCUGAGCAGAUUGUGCACAGUUGGUUUUCUCCGCUGCAGUGGAAAACAACACAGUUAGAGAAGUGAGAAUGAAUCAAAACAGUAGCUCUGAAAUCUGACUGUUCAAAUCUGGUUAAAUAAAUGAGGGAAAACAAAACACUGACGGAAGUGAGGCACCUUGCAGCUGGACUCUCGUCCCCGUUGGCUCACAGCUCCACAGUCUGACGCUCGAUUUCCAUGAUGUCAUGUAGUGAUAGUCACACAUUUCACCUCUCUUCUUCUUCUCUCUCUUCUCUUACGUACUAUUUUUGGCACAGAUUUUGAACUAAAAACCUUCAGAUUGUGGAAUGCAUCCGUCAUACACACUCGUUAACAUCACGUGAUUAGAAAAAGAAGGCGGCCAGUGUAAGAAUAAAGUGUCACAAACCUUCACGAGCGCAGAUUCCAUCACAUGUAAGCUAAUAUAAUCAUCAUCUGACGAGAAAUGUACACCAGAAAACACUUUAUACCUUAAGAAAACUCUCACUUUGUCAAAUCUUACUAUAAAGGAUCUUGUUUACUCGCUGAAAACAUAUCUAUACCUGUACUUCAGAAUGGUGCGUUGAAUACUACAUUGCUUUUUUGAUUGAGAGAUUUACUGUAGAAAAAUCAUUUUGAUACUAUUUUUUCACAUUACUGUGUAACGACAAGAAAAGUAAUGUUCCCAUUGGAUUUGUCAUUCUUUUUUAUUAUAAUUUAUUAUUUUAAAAAAACAAAACAAAACAAGUAUAACCUAAACAAUACAUACAUAGAAAGACAGUAGCCCUCUUGUUAGUAUAUAUGGACGUGAUAUAUUUAUGUUUCGAUAUGCAAGAUUGCUCGAUGCCAAUUAUCUCCAUAGGCUCUUCACGUGUACGCAUACAGACGUUUUUUUAAACUUCAUACGUUUCUAUGUUUUUAUCAAAGCAUCAGUGUUGAUACAAAAGCUUUCAAAACACACUAAACUCGUAAAUGUUACACGGAGAAAAACCUGAACGGCCAUGUAAAUGGGUAUAUAAUAUAGUAUUGCUUUUGUAUGCCACUUUUGGUGUGCAGUAUGCAUCCUUUUUUAAUCAAUUAACCUUUGUAAGUGAAUGCUGCUGUAAAGAUAUUACAUGUAAGCCAUGCCUAGUGAGAUCAAGCUGAGGUGUUUUAUUUUGAAAAUCACUAUGAAUAAGAGUUUUAGAGACAGCUGAGCGGAUCAGUACUCUAUGCCGGUGCUAAAAAGUUAUCUAUGUAUUUAACUGUUUGCCUUUGUGUUCGUGAGAUGUAAAGGAAAUCUUAUGUGUAUACUGUACUGUAUGUGAGUAUUAAAUUAAGAAAUCAAGUAAUCGGA